CUCGUUGCGACCUGAGUUGUGACACUGUUCAGUUUCCAAAUUCCCUCCCAGGGCCAUUGCCAAUUCGUCAGAGGGGGAAGGACAGAGCGUGGCGCACAGAAGAGUGUAUCACUGUGAGGUGUUGACGAAUAUGCAAACCGCACAUGAGGUGUUUCAUGGCGGCUCCAGUAGGGAGUUAUUUGGUGCUAGAGCCUCUUGAGCUAAGGAUGAUUGCUUGGAAGUCAACUUAAAAACGAAUGUCCCAUCAUUCUGUUAUAUUGUGCAAUCCAGGGGGCGCCGGUCCCUUUUCUUUGCGAGGCGAUCCCUCAUGUUCAGUCUGGCUCCUGGGAUUGGAGGUUCUGGACUCACCACUCUGCUGACGUAAGCAUGGUGGGAAUCGAGGAACCUGCGGAAGAGUCCAAGCCGGUUAGGCUGGGCUCGCUGGCAAAGCCCGAGCCAGGUGUGAAAAGGCUUGGCAAGUUGACAAAAGUUGGUGAUCUCAUCAAACCGGUGGUCAAGCAGGAGGCGCUACCUGAUGGGGGGGUGCCGGCGUUGGGCGUCACCCGCGGGGGAGUCAAGAAGACAAAGUUUGAACCGAAAAUCCCGCAGAGGCGUGCAAAGAAGGCCCCUGAGGCGACAGCCGCAGACAGUGCAGCUGCAGCGGAGGAAGAGUGGACGCCACAGGGGAGCGACAACCCAAACCUGCACCAGCGACGCCCGGGGGCGUUCCAGACCAAAGGUCAAGCUCCCGCCGCUCGAGUCGCCUUUGGCGCGGGCGCAAUCAGCUCCAUUCGUUUGUCCGGGGGGGAUGGCCGGGGCAGCGCUGGAGGGGGUGGUUCCAAGGGCGCUGGAAGUGGCCGAAACGCCAAGUCGCAGGGCAUGGAAAUAAUGAUGGAGGAAGAUAAGGAGAAGGUCAAGAAGGCCAAGCACAGGCCGAGACUGGACCUGACGUCAUAUUACCCCGUCACUCUCCCCACCGGCCCUGCUCCCGACACCGAGGCUUUCGAGCGGAUGGACAUCGACGGGGAGGCCGAACCGGGCGCCGAUGACGCUGAAAACGAGGCAAUCUUGUCCCUGGGUGACGAAGACCGGAUCCCCGCCGCCCGAGAACUAGACUUGGCCAAUCCCGGGGACGAAGAGAAACUGCUUUUCUUUCAACUCCCGGCUCACUUACCCGUGCAAAGCGCGCUCGGUGCAAAAGCGGGUAGUACGGACGAUCCAAGCGCGAGCAACCCGGACGAUGGAAAGGGGGGCGGGUUAGCCGGCCUGCCAGAGGGGUAUAUGGGCAAGUUAGUAGUGUACAAGAGCGGGAAGGUUAAGCUUAAACUGGGCGACGUUUUGUUAGACGCGGUCCCUGGGGCGAAGUGCAAGUUUUACCAGGAGGUGGCGGCAGUUGAUGUGGGAAGGAAAGAGUGUCAUGUGCUGGGCAGUGUGCAGCAGAGGGUUGUUUUGACACCAGAUAUUGAUCACCUACUUUCUGGCAUUGGUUAAACGCACUGAGGACUCUUUUAUAAGCUUUUGAUGCGAGAUCAAUCAAGUGCCCUUAGAAGUUAUUUGCCAACGAGAAGUUUGCAAGGCUUUCGGUUUGCUUGACCGUACAGGCUUUGAGGUUCAAUUGCUGCAACUCACCGACAU